AUGGCCGCUCAGGGGUUAAGUUUGGGGAGGUUUUUCAUUGCAUCUUUAAAUUUACCAUUUGGACUCAUAAGCACUGUAACGAAACUGAACCGUACAAUCUAUCCACGUCUUUACCCAUGCCUGCUAGUAAAUCCUGAUGGAUCAACGAUAAAUAUCAAAUAUCACGAACCAAGGAAAAUAUUGAAGUUGCCCAUUGAUCUAAAUGCAUUGACUGAUGAAGAAAAGAAAGCAAGGCUUACACAAUUUCAACCAAAGAAGAAAACAGUUAUUGAGGAAGAUUUUGAAGACAGUUUUGACAUUGGAGAAUACAGUCAUUUAUGGAAAAAAUGAAUAUUUAUUUGUAAUUAUGGUGGUGUUGUUGAUUAUGUUCAAUAAAAUACAAAAGAAAACACAGUAUCAGGCAUGCAUGAUAACUUACACUACU